UAUUGUGCACGUUGCAGGGAGCUCAGAUGCUAACAUCCCCACAUCUCAAAUGACGGAUCUGUCAGUUAAAGAAACCAUCUGAGGUGGUGAGUGCAGCUGAGGAGAAACUGUAUAAAUUCUCCAGUUUUACGAUUUCCUUCACCGGGUGACCUUCCUGUUAGUUGUGUCAUUAACUCUGAAUACAACAGGUGUGAAAUUUCUGAGAAAUGUAGGAGUGGAGGUUUUUUCCGCUAGAAGGAAGCAUGGCGACACAAACACCGGCGACGUCACUGAAGCGGAUCGACCCGUGAAGUAUGAAUGUCAAGGACGCAGUGGCAAAGGUCGGAAGGUUUGUCGACUGUGACCAGACUUCACACACUGUGAACCACCUUGCCGAGGCUGUAGACACUCCACCAGCAGGUGGUUGGAUCUUGAACAGCAAGAUUUAUACCUUAUUGGAGCUGGACCACGGUUGUUUCAGUUGAACAUCCUCAUCAUAGGUUCAAGCAGCGACUGAUCAACAGGUGAAACUGAGACGCACGAAUGAAUCAGAAAAUCGCGGAUCAACAUCUGUUUCUGACACUAGUGAUCUGGGUGACUCGGGACCGAGUCAGCAUCCUCCCGAAACUCAUGAAUAUUCAACAGCCACUACGUCAUGCCUUACACGAGUGCAAGCCGUGACCACAACCACAUCUUCCACCUCUGCAGCAGCGACAGUCAGCAUGGCUGAGAGCAGCACGUGCGCAGCCGGCAGUGACGUGACCUCUGACAUCCCGACCUCCAAGAGUCGUCGCUCCAAGUCAAGGUCUCACAAAAGAAAGCAAGAGAGCGGCAAUCAGCAGCAAGUGGUGUACAAGCCACCAUUUUGUGUAACUGAUGAAAACGUCAAGACUCAAUGGAAACAGAUUUUGUUUGAAGAAAUGCUUCUGUACACGAAGAGAAUUUUCCCUGACCUCCAGGCAUCCACGUACUUUGUUCCGCCAGUGCUUUUCAACAACGCCAUCUACACCAAGCCAAAGGGAGACAACGUAGUCAUGCGCAAUGUUGUCAUCCAGGAGGAAACUGGAUUGUCUGACCUUUGCUGUGACAGCAACGAUUUUGCUGUGCGACGUUGCUUGUCCCUCUUGUCUCAAGAGCCGUCGUCAUGGAUACAACCCUGCGUCGUGUUCACUAACUACAGCUUUGACAACUACCUUGUGAAGGACCUCACGGUGCCAAGCGAGCUGCAGGGGCUGGUCACUGUCGCCCCUGGCAACAGGCUGAACGAGACACCGACGAAGAUGGCCGAGAAACAGCCACGUCCAGAUGAAGGUAAAGAUCAAACUUUUGGACUUCCGCUUUGCAAAGCACGUGACUUAUUUCCGGCCUGGAAGGUCGACAAGCAGCGCGGGGAUUUCGACAACCUCAUCAUCAGCAGGAGGUACGGGCUCAUCGUCGUGGAGAUCAAAAACAUCGGCGAUCAGAUCAGCGAGGCGUUUACAGACGUGUCGGGUCGUCCGCAGAUCACAGACAUCAAAGUCUUCCAGGAAAAGCUGAAGAAAUCCAUUGGUCAGCUAAAUAAGUCCGAGACGAUGCUCCGGCACGUGCUAGCCGACAUAGCCGAGGGGGUAAAGGUCACGAAGAUUUUGGCUGUGCCGAACUCCUCCCGACGCCAUCUAAAGUUUGUGAUGGAAAGUGAUGCAGAUUUGUGUCAGAGUUUUCUUCAGUGCAUCUCUUCAUCGACCCUCGAAGAGGCUGUUUAUCGGUGUCUUUGUGCCGAUGAAGUUCCAUCCGAUAGGACAGCAGCUGGGCAUGGAGCGGAAGUAAGUAGUCCAGGAGACUACGACCUCCUAAUCACGUGGUGGGAGCACGUGACAGGCAGCAUGAAAUCUGAACCAAUCAAGUGCAAUGACAACAAAACCGACAUGGACUGGACACAAGCGACGCCAGAGGAUCACUUGACAAUGGAGCAGUAUGAACAAAUUGUCUCGAGAUUUGGGGGCCCGUACUCCAAGGUACCCAUAGAAUAUCGCAGGAGAGCGCUAGACGAGGGUCGAACAUUAUCUGACUGCAUUCACCUGACAGGAUUGCGAUUUGGUCGCGAUGUCCUCCGGAACGACCAGAUUCAAAUCCUGGAGAGCGAUGAUCGCUUCGUGUACCUCACCGGGCCCCCGGGUUCCGGCAAAACUCUGCUUCUGGGUCUGAAGGCAGUGGAGUGGGCUCUCGCUGGACACAAGGUGGUCUUCCUUAGCAGCAGUGGCAUGGGCUGGGGAAGCUUGGUGUCUAUGAUUCUCUUCGAACGAGUGAGAGAAAAGCUUCGAAACGAGAUCCAAGAGAAGCGGAAGAGAAGGAAAGGUCGCGUCACGUGUUCUUCAGGCUUCAGUAGCACGGACGCCAUCGACACCAUAGACACCUCACAACCUCAACACAAACCGUUGGUCAGACAAACUAUUUCUGAUCCUCCAGACACUAAAGUCGAUCCCCAGAAACAAAUUCCUGGCAUUCAACCUCGAGAUGAAAUUUCUCCAAACACAAAGCACACGGGGUCGCGAGAGGUCAUUGCCGACCAAGAAGAAUCAGUUAACGUGCAUUUCAUACAAGUCUCCCUCGAUACUAACGCUAGAGAGUUGGUUCAGUCGCUGGUGGAGGAGUGUUCGGAAGAGAAUGUUGGGCUUCGCUUCAUUGUCGACGAAAUUCCAAUUAAAAAGACUCCAGAACUAUUGUGUGAGAAUCUGUCUAAAAUCAACUCUAUGCUCAAAAAGGUUUGCUUCCUGUUCCAAGAAGCGUAUUCCACCGGCAGCCAUAAGAAAGAAUCUGACACGGGGAGGAUGCCACAGAACCUUGAAAAAAUUAAUCAGCCAGGUGAUUCAGAGAAGAGGGGGAUCGAUGAAAUUGAAAAGAAAUACCUGGCCAAGAUCGAGGUACACCUGCAGGCACUAGACACCACACUGGAAGCGCUCAAACCCACGUGUGACUAUCAGUCUGCGACCCUAGGGACCCCCGCCUGGCGAUAUGGGCAUGGUGUCGCUGUGGCCUGCCAGGGGGAAAUCAUCCAGUAUGUGCGCCGUCUGGCGGCCGAGCCCGUCGUCAAGGUGCGAGGACUGCUGGAGAGCGUGCAAGCUCUCUUGCUGGAUGCGUCGGGGCUGCUGUACAACGCCCUGACCUGGAUGAUGCGCCACGCCCUUGUGGAAGUCUUCACCAUCCUGACCAGCGACUACGCCAACUCAGACGUUAGUCUCUGGAGCUCUGGGUUCAUGCCUGACCAAAACCAUCAGGGUUUCAUCACGAAGAAGCUGACCCACUGUGUGCGCUGCCCACCAGAGGUCCAGUCCAUCCUGCAAAUGAUCGAGAAGGACAUGACGGUUCCUCCAAAGUACAUUUACCAAUGUGAUGCAGUGAUCGUCGACCCCCCUUUGCCCCUGCCGUGCCAGGGACCGAAGGUUAAGAUCUUGGAUCACAGAGAGCAUUUGUCUGAUGUUAAGGAGAUCACGGACUGCUCCGCUUGCGGCGAGAACCUCGCGGCCUACCUUUUCCACGACUUGAAACUCGGCUGUAAGCAGUGUCCUCUCACUUUCGAGGACAUCCUCAUCGUCGGUACCCUGGACAUCGCCAAUACAGACCCCGAGAUUCUGAGGACGCUUCAGCGCCAGGGGAUUCCGGUAGAGUUCAAGGGCAACAAUCUGACACGUCCACCUCCUUAUCCUGGGAAAGCCUGUGCCAUAGGAGGCUCAGCGGCUCAGGGACUGGAGUCGAAGAUAAUCGUGUUUAUACCGGAUGUUUGUCGGAUUCCUGCAGCAACGAGCGACGGGGUAGUGGACGAACUGCAGUUUCGUCCUGAUGUUCACGACUGGCUUCGCAGCAUGGGCCGAUGGAACCGCUCCCAUCUGUGGUUUGUGGCUUCCAGAGCCCUGUCUCAUCUGAUUGUGUUUCGUGUGUGAUCCAGCUUACCUAAGCUGUUUUGAAAUACUAUUUUUGUUCACAGUAUCUCUGCAGUUCUCGACAUUUGCGGAGGAAGAAUAACAAUGCAACUUGUUACUGGACAACAUGGCUGAAUGUGGUGCGGGUGGGAGGAUCAGGAGGGCUUGUGUAACUUCUAUUAUACUCAACAUAGAUUACUGAAUAAAAUACUCAAUAAGUGAAGGAAAGAUAAUGGGAAUUUGUCGUUAACAGAAAUAUAUUUUUAAAUAAAUUGAAAAGUUCUCACCAUAUAACUAAAUCAAGCUAAAUAGGGUAAAAAUGCAAAAGAAUAAUUGGUAAUUAUGAAAAAAGUGGACAGGAAAUGUUUACAAUAGAAAAUCAGUUUAAAUCGUAAUCUUUUGAAAAACCAACACAGAUUCUGGCAACUUCGUACUCAGGUGUCGCAGUAAUGCCGCACCGAGUGAUGAGGCUGGCUACAGAAAAUGUUUUGGUGUAGUAAUACAGUACGCGACAUAAUACUUACUUCAGCCACCGAGGUAAAAUGUUAGUUUAAGGUUAACCACAGGGCAGCAUUGCUAAAUCGCUGAGAUAUUCAACCAAAAUAAUGGACUGUUUGUUGCCAUAGAGACGGAGGAACCAAUAGAAUAAAUUGGUCGUUCGUUGCCGGAAAGAUGAAAGCAGUUUAGUUUCUUUGUCGGUGCGCAUGACACAAAUGGGAUGACGUCACACAAGUUAGCUAAUUAUGUAGGGUCACCUGACUUUUGGAGAGAUUACUAGCUUAAGGUUAGGGUUAAGUUAAGGAAAGAGUUUAAGAUUAAUUCUAGGGUAUCGACUUGGACAAGCAGACGAGGUUACGUCACGUGAUUUCUAUAACUCCGCCCCCUUCUUCGGUAGUUUGUCAUAUGGAAGAAGCCAUGUGAUGAAAGUCUGUUCCAUUCGAAGUACAUGUGGAAGAUCGCAUGUCUUCAUGGAAGAAAAGCCAGGCUGCAGCUUUGUGUCAUGUCACGAGGCGAAUGGUCAUUGUAUUCAGUAAUCGAUGACUUUUGAUAUUUUGUGUUUCCUGUCCAAGUCCUACAGCAAUCUUCUGCGUGCCGCAAGCCAUUGUUGCUGAGGUGUGGAAUCGCUGUUAAAAAUCUGCAAAUGUGGGGAAAAGUCAAGAACCUGAAGAACUGCAGGACAUCUACCGAGGUCUAAGGAUUCUGCACAUUACACACAUCCUGCGGAAACGGAAGAUGUGGGUAAUGGAGCUUUAGUCUUCUCAGUACCAGGACAGUCAGGACUCUAUCGUCUGCCCUUUGUUCAGCCCAGGACAUGAGAUACUUUCACCUUGUGCGUGUGCCACCUGUAUAAACAGCAACACCUACCCUUCUCUCCAACAUCUACGGCAGUCUGAGAGCACUCCACGGUCGGGGUUGUAUCCACCAAGACAAAGCUCAGUAAUAAGGAUCAUUCGUCUUCCAUCGUGUGUGCGCGCGUGUGUGUGUGUGUGAGUGUCUUCGCAUGCUUCAUAGCCGAGGAUAAUUUCUCGGCUGUCUCCCAGAGUUUGAUGAGGUUCCUCAUGGAUGUUGACUUCGUCUUCCAUCAUCUUGACCUCUACUUAGUGUUUCUGUUGUUUGCUCUGUGUUGUCAUUGUGAUGUAGCCUACGUUACGGUCAUAGGGGAAGCAGAGAGUCGAACGGAGAGGCUCGGCGGUUCAACACCCGUGUAGCGCACCUCAGUUUUCCCCCAGUCUUUGACUGUCCCCUUGAUAUUUUCUCUCUUGGAAAAUAUUUAGGAAUUAAAAUCUGGAUGUAAAGAGAUCUGCCAAUGUAGUGCUUUUGAAUUAAUGAAAGUAAUCUUAAAGAAGUAUUUCAAGGUGCAAUUUGGUAUUUAAUAUUCUGUCACUAUCUUUUGAAUUUAUUUUUUUUAUUUUGCUUUUCAGCAGCGGCAUUCUAAAUACAUUUAUUGCAUUUUUGUACACACGCCCUAAACAUUUUUCCAUGGUCAUUAGCAAAUUUUUGGAAGUCUGAACCACUGCAAUACCUGACCCGGUGCUCAAGCGUUCACAACUGUGUCUGACUAGCCUGCUUUACAGCUUGUUGCAAUUUUUCUAUUAAAAUUCCUAAGUUUGUUUCUACAUUCUGUUAGUUUAAGUUCAAACAGACACACCGUUACACGAUUUGGCCCGCAGGCCCGCACACACACACACACACAGAGAUAUAUACAUGCACACGCGCGCACGUACACGAGCAAAUACAGACAUUUUUAAAACAAUUUUUUUUUCCUCGAAAUCUCUGGGAAGUUGGAACAACGCGAGAUUUACAGGGGAGUGAGUGUAAUUCAUGCUUCACCACGUGCAUUACCCAGCCACCCGGGCGCGCGCUGGCCGUCUGUGCAGGCGGGUGACGUACGUGAGUUACGACGUCAUUUCCCUCUAAUGGCCUGCACGCGCCGCACGUGCGUCUGGGAUUCCAUGUCCGACCAACAUCGUCUGGCCCACAAGAGUGUGACUAUAGGGGUGGGAGCUGGCACGAGAAGGGAGACAAAUUUUUGGUGGGGAGAUUCACGUGUGCUCGAUUAAAGCAUCAUGUUGUUGUUAUUGUUGUUCAUAUUGGCUCGUUAUUACGAUAAACAAUAUCAAAUUCCAUACUUCUGAAAUUACAUUUUAUCAAACUCAAAAUAUAAGUGAAAUGUAAUAAAGAUCGGUGUUUAAA